ACAACGACAAACUCCAUUUAUACAACCACUAUUUUUUUUGAUAAUUCAUUUAUACAACUACUAGCUCGUGACCAUCAUCUCCCAACAAAUUAACACUUCAUUUCUCUCUCUCUCUCUCUCUCUCUCUCUCUCUCUCUCUCUCUAAAAUCAUAUUAGCAACAAAAAUAGAAUUAUAAAAUGAUUGAAGAAUCUGCAUCUGAAGAAAUAGGAUCUUCAAUAUGGGCAUUCAUCAACACUCCCACCGCUCUUUUCAUCCUCCUCAAUCUCAUGAUUCUCACCAUUUUCUUCACCUCCACAUUUUCUCUCUCUAAAAAUCACAACGUCGCUAAAUCACCAACACAAUCACUUCUCCAACGCAUUAAAUCCAUCGACUUUAAUCAGCGACCAAACCCAGAAGAUUCCGACACACUGCAGCAGUCCCACUACUUCUUCCAAGAAAAUCUUGAAAUUUCUCACUCACAAUCACAACAACCACCCCAAUACAUCAUUUCCGACCAAACCCACCAAAUUAAUCCUCAACAAACACCAACCCAUCUCGUUUUUGAGCAAAAAGAUUCCAACUUUGAAGAUUUUCAUCAGGCCCGUGACGAAGAAAAAAAUGUACUUGAUGAGCAGAGUAUGUGUAUGACAGACAGUCACUUUAUUAGUAGGACUAAAUCGGACACCGAGCCAGCUUCCGGUGAGUUUCCGACCAAACUUCCGGCAAGAAUGAGGAAGUCGGCGAGUUUGAAAUCGGCGUUCGGGCAUUUCGAGGAGGAGGAGGUUGUGGUGGAGGCGAGGCGGCCGGCGACUGUGAGGGUGACGGGGAAUGCUAAAGUGACCGGCGGUGACGAAGAGGUGGAUGCGAAAGCAGAUGAUUUCAUCAACAGGUUUAAGCAGCAGCUGAAGCUUCAGAGGCUUGACUCCAUUAUCAGGUACAAGGACAUGAUUGGGAGGGUUACUGGGGGAGGGUAAUAUAUGCUAUUCUACGUUUUCAAGGGGGUUGUUUUGUAAUAUUUUUUACUUCUGGGGCUGUUUGUAAUUUUGAGUAACUUCUGGGGUUUUGGCAUAGAAUAGGUCAAUAGAUGGUGGUAAAUGUAAAAUGCGGAUCUGAUGCUGUCUGAGCAUGUGAUUGGUUGCACGCACCGUUUCGGUAAAUGGUCUGGUUUUGGAUGGGUAUUUUUGUCAUUUAGCAUUCAUUUGAGGGACUAAAUAUUCACUUUAAUAUUAAUUUAAUUAGUGGAGGUAAGCUUACAGAU